CACCAUCUUAGCAACCACUAACCUCAACUCCAAUGCAAACAGCAAAAACCUUCGCUCUCUGCUGUGUAGAGAGAGAGAGAGAUGGUCGGUCGGAGGAAGAGAGCUAAAACCUCAGAAAAUGGGGAACAAGAGAGCAACAAUGAGGGAGCCGUUGAAAGCAGAGCAGGUGAAGUCUCAGGGUAUGAGGAGUCCAGAGACCGAAGGAUCAGAGAGAACAUGCAGAGAAUGCAGCAACUGGGAAUUCUCGACCUCUCUCACAAGCUCAAAUCGGACCUUCUACCUUCAAAGCGUCCAAGGCGAAACUCUUCUUCCAAGGACACCUCUCAACGCCCUCCAUUGCUGCCUUCUGGGCCUCCGAGGCGCUCUUCUAGGUUGAAGGAUGCGACUCCGGUUAGUUAUUCUGAGCAGCCUGUUUCAAAGAAGGAGAAAUCAGUGAAGAACAUUGAGAUUUGUCUUCGAGAAGGUUCAAAGCCUGAGAUUUAUACGGAAGAGCAUGAUAAGCUUUUGGGUGAGUGCAAGACAGGUUGGACUCUGUUUGUUGAUGGUUAUGGCCAGGAUGGGAAGCGCAUAUACGAUUCGGUUAAGGGGAAGACAUGUCACCAAUGCAGGCAGAAGACUCUUGGUCAGCAUACCUGCUGCUGCAAAUGCAACUUGGUCCAAGGGCAAUUCUGUGGUGAUUGCUUAUACAUGCGAUAUGGGGAGAAUGUGACAGAAGCCAACCAGAAUCCUAGUUGGAUUUGCCCUGUCUGUCGUGGAAUUUGCAACUGCAGUUUAUGCCGGCAAGCAAAAGGAUGGGCACCAACUGGCUCUCUCUAUAGGAAGAUUGCAAGGUUGGGCUUCAAGUCAGUGGCCCAUUAUCUCAUUCAAACUCAUCGCAGUCAAACAAACUCAGAGGAUGCAAAUGCUGACAAUUUGCUUUCUGCAGAGAGAUCUCAGCUUGUUGAAGAUACUGAUGGACAUUCCUCCCCGGAAAACAAGGUUCUCUGCUCUGAUGAGGUGCCUUUGACAGAAUCUGGACCUGAUCACAAUGGUAGCAAAGAUGAUGAGAUGGGGGAUGAAAAGGAGGUGCUUUUGUUGGAAAAUAUGUCUGUCGGUGUCUCUGGUGCAUCUGAUGAAGACGAUAAAACUGCUGUUGCUAAUGCUGAUGAGUUAAGAGAAGAAGAAAAGAUUAAGCACGGUAGUAGCUAUUCUGGAUUAAGAAUUGACUCGUAGAGAAGGCUCUGCUCAGGUUGCUCAUGCCCCCAAUGUAGCGUGAAUGUGGAAUGAUCAACACAGUUUGGACAGAAUUUUUGUUAGCAAGAGCUACUUAAUAGUGUGUGGCUGAAUUACAGAUCUUGACGACCAACACAGGCACGUGUGUGCAGUCUCUCGUUUUGUUUUGUUUUGUUUUGUUAGUUGGGGAGGCAAGGUGGGUGUUGGCCGAAGGUAUUGAUUUGUUGAGGAUGCAAGAUGACAUCGUAUUGUUAUGCUUGAAUGCUUUCUUGACAUUAUUGGUAUUUCAUCUGUAAUCUGGUGCAGUUAGGUGUUAUUUUCCCCUUCUCGAGGGCCAUAAUUGAGUUAAAUGAUGAGCAGCUGCACAUAUGGUGGUGAACAGUGUUUAUGUAUACAUUGGGGCAACUUGAAUAAAGUUCAGCACAUACAUAUA